AUGGCCCCCGGCGGUGGUCGCGACUUCAACUGUACCUGGGAUCAUUGUGGAAAGUCGUUCAAUCGCAAAUCCGAUCUCUGUCGGCACUAUCGCAUCCACACCAACGAGCGGCCGUAUCACUGCACCGUCAAGGACUGCAACAAGAGCUUCAUCCAACGCAGCGCCCUGACCGUCCACUCGCGCACCCAUACGGGCGAGAAGCCCCAUGUCUGCGACCACGAGGGCUGCCACAAAGCGUUUUCUGAUUCGUCCAGUUUGGCACGUCAUCGUCGCAUUCAUACGGGUAAACGUCCGUAUAUCUGCCAUGAGCCUGCGUGUGAGCGGAGUUUCUGCCGCAAGACCACCUUGACAAAGCACCAAUAUCGCUCCCAUCGACCCGGCACGCUUACACGAACUCCAUCCGAAGAUGCUAUCUCGGAGCAUUCGUACCAGGCACCCGUGACCGUCUCGGUCUCGCACCAGCAUCCACAUCAGCACCAGCACCAGCAUCAGCAUCCACAUCAACCGGCCCCUCCACCAGCUUCUACACCGCUACCUAUGGCCCAUGUGGCCCCAGUACCCGAAGCACCCCUACCGCUGAUGACACAGCCGCCAAUCCCCGUCAACCCGACGAUGGACGUGCAGCAAGCUCAGCAGUACCUGCAACUCAUGCAGCAGCAGCGCUUUGAUCCCAGCCGUCAGAACUACCUCCCACAGGACUUUCAUCUCCAGCAACCACAUCCGCCGUACGCAGCAGCAGCAGCAGCCGCAGCCGCAGCAGUCGGCCACACCAUGGCCGAGAGCCAUCCGAUCAUGAUUGCGUACCAUCCGACCACCGCACCCCUCCAGUACAAAGAAUCGCCACGGAUGCUGAAUCAAACAGAGGGAACCGAUUGGCGAUUUCUUGGAGUGGGCGGAUAG